AUGACAAGUUUGUUAACAGCACCAGAAAUUAAUUGUGAAUCUAUCGAAUUAAUUUCUGAAAAUAAGAUUAGACAUGACGAUCCACUAAAGUUUCGAAUUUCAUUCAAAACCAAGAAUAUUACAGAGGAAGUUGACUAUAGUGUUAUUUACUUUGGAGAUUCUAAUGGAACAGAUAAUGAUCAGAUUAUUUCUCAUGGAAGUAUAGGACCUUUUGAAGAUGACAUUUCAGUAUUUGAAAUAGAUACAGAUCCAAUUGACUUGACCAAGAUUCCAAUUACAAAACUUUUUGGAAUGACUUCUGUAAUCUUGGUAUUCAAGUAUAAAGAGACUGAAUUUUUAAGAGUAGGUUAUUUUAUAAAUGUAAUACAUGAUUCAAUACCAAAUUCAGUGUUAGUGGACGAGGAAGAACGUGAAGAAGAUUUAGAUGAAGAUGUUGAAAUAAUGAAGGAUGAUGAAUUAGAUAGUUCAUCUGAAGAAGAAUGUGAAGAAUCUGGUGACGAUGAAAUAGUUGAAGAUGAUAUGGAGAGUUUAUCAAAUGAAGAAAAUAAUGAUGAAUUUAUAGAAAAAGAAUCUAUUGAAGAAAAUGUUGAUAAAAAGGAAGAUCAAACUAAUUAUGAAGAAAUAUUUAAUGAAAUGCCAAAAAAAUUCAAAGAAUCUAUUUUAAGUGCUGUUAUGGAAUCUUUUGGAAAUAAAAAAGUUCCCUUAGAAACACCCAUUACAAAUGAUUGUGAUGAAUUUGAAUAUAAAGGACAUAAAAUCAAUAAGAAUGAAAUACUUUUCGACAUUUUGAAAGAACCUUACAUUGAUUUUACUGGUCUUGAAAUAGAAGGUGAUGCUGUUUAA